AUGGCCGACAAUUCGUGUCCAGGAUGGGAUCCGAGGUACCCUCGGGACAUACGGAUUGCGAUGCAAUCAACGGUGGUAGAUGGAGUAUUUUAUGGUAUAUUUGCGUGUCUAAUCAUUAUGUCUACGUAUACAUUGGUCUCUCAAGGCUUGCGACAGUCGUAUGCACGGAUCAUCCUCCUCGCGGUCACCAUAAGCAUGUUCGCUAUAUCGACCGCCCACCUUAUCAUCACGACACUCUCCUUCCUCAUUCAAUGGCCGUAUAUUUGUGCCACUGUCGCUCCAGAUAGCUUCUAUGCCCAACUGGAGUGGAUGAAUAUAGCAAUCGAUGUUAUGGGAAGGACGCAAUACUUCAUCAGUGAUUGUGUGGUCGUGUGGCGUGCAUGGGUCAUUUGGUAUGAUAAGCGUUGGAUUCGAAUGUUCCUUCUGUUCUCUCUUCUUGGGACCGCUGUAACUGGGUCCGUUCUCGUCGUUCUGAAUGUGCGGGAGAUCAAGUUUGACAAUCAUUAUACGGCUCUCGAGUGGAACAUGUUGGGGACCUUUGGGCUAUUCGUUACCAACUUUGGUGCGACAAUCGCGAUCGCGGUCAAAGCUUGGCUUUUUCGGCGGUCGGUCAAGGAAUUUCUGAACCGCGGUAGCUCAAAGUCGAAGGUCGAAAGCGUGCUGACCCUUCUAGUGGAGUCUGGCGCUGUAUACUGUAUAUACUGGGUCGUGGAGUUCGUUACAGACUUCGGUGUGUUGGGUGACUUCGAUAUUGGGUGGGCCCAACCUAACAUAUCGGGCAUCUAUCCUACACUCAUCAUACUCCUUGUUGCUCUGCAACGUUCUACUCCCGAGAAUGUCUUUACAAUAUCAGGAAUACCCUCCGCUUCUCCAGAGCCUAUGCGAUUCGAUCCUGCUUCAGAUUUGAAACAAGCACAACGGUCCGAGCUCUCUGAGAGCGAAUUUCUAUCAGAUAAUAUUGUCGACACCAUCCAUUCUCGGUACGACAGAAGUCAGGUAUGAGGGCAUUCAAUCGUAUGCAAAGGUCACAGUCGUGAUAUAUUAGUCGUGACGCAAUGUUUUGGUGUCCCAAAAAGUAGAUAUAUUUCCACAGGACCAGAAACGUUCCCGCUAUUGCUUAUGAAUAUUUACC